CCCCACCCGGCCAACCUCACUAACUACAAAAACCAACCCAUAAACACUGGCACCCUAAACACCCUCCACCUCCAGCCCAACCCCGACCACCGCCACCGACACCGACACGCGGAAUGAAGGCCCUCGCCGGCGACAGCGCUGCCUCCACGCCGCUUCUGCCGGCCACAAAGUUCGCCAUCCCCGCCUCCUCCGCGGCGGAGGCCGCGCUCCUCGGGAAGGGGCGGUACAAGGUGUGGGCCCUCGCCGCCAUCGCGCUCCUGGCGCUCUGGUCCAUGUCCGCCGCCUCCGUCUCCCUCCGCUGGUCCGCCGGCGACCUCGCCGCCUCUGCCUCGGGGGACCUCGACGCGCCCUUCAGCCAAGACCUCGACUCCCUCGAGAUGGAGGAAAGGGAGAAAUUAGUAGGUCGGAUGUGGGACAUGUACACACGCACCAGCGACGAGGUGCGACUUCCACGGUUCUGGCAGGAAGCGUUUGAGGCAGCAUACGAGGAGCUUGUUGGUGAUGAUUUGCAGGUCCGUGAUGCAGCCAUCUCUGAGAUCGCUCGAAUGUCAGCCCACAGACUUGAGCUUGAGCAGCCAGGGAAUGAGAACGAGGAAGAGGGCACGGUGAACAUCAGGAAUAAAGAUCAUGGUAGAGUUAGCGAGUAGUUUCAAACCUGAAGAUCCACCGCAGACAAGUAUCAGCAGUGAACUUUGAAGCUUUGAUGUACACUACAUUUUGUCCCUUUUACGAGAGGAGAGGGUAAACAAAAGCUUGCCAUGACACUACAUUUUAUCCAGAUAUGCAUCUACACACAAGAAUCUCCGAGCUAUCAAGCUAGAACUUUUCUUGAUUGCUAGACUGCUAAUUAUGGCGUUUGUAAAACAAAUUAUGAGUUUAUCCGACCAACCCCUGCUCUAGAUCUAGCAUGUGUUUCACUAGGACGGGUACACAUCUGUGCAUGACCGUGUAAUUUAUUAAAAAUCAAGUUGGCCAAAUCUGUGCUUCAAAUUUUUUUUGCUGAGAGAAGUUUCCGAUGUUACAUAGGUUGUUUUGAUAUGUUGCAAACUCUUACUCCCUACGUUCUGAAUUAACUGACAUGGAUUUAUAUAAGAAUCUAUACAAAUCCACGUCAGUUAAUUUGGCACGUAGGGAGUAUAUGUUUUCCUGCAUAUCCGUGUGAUGUAAGUUGCAAUAAUUAUGGAGAUUCUUGUGGAUGGUUG